AUGUGGCAGCAUCGAGUUCAUUCAUGCUCGGUCAAACGCCGGCUGUUCUCAACCAGCACAGCGCUAUAUCGACAAAACCGCAUCUCGGCCUCAUAUUACCGCGGCGGAACCUCAAGAGGCCUAAUUUUCCAGCAGAAAGACCUGCCUGCGUCUCGAGAUGACUGGAAGCCCAUCUUCCUCGGAACCAUGGGCUCCCCGGAUCCCCAUGGCCGCCAGCUCGACGGGCUUGGAGGUGGUCAGUCCAGUUUAUCAAAAGUCUGCGUUGUGUCCACGGCAUCAGACCUGAGUCGAGCCCAGGGGGCCCAAGUGGACUAUACCUUUGUUCAAGUCGGCAUCAAAUCAACCGAUAUCGAUUACUCGGGGAACUGCGGGAACCUGUCCAGUGCCGUGGGACCGUUUGCCAUCGACUCAGGACUGGUCAGCUUGAGCAAAGAAGACCUCAAAGCAGGCAAAAGGACAGCUACAGUUCGCAUAUACAAUACAAAUACCCAGAAGAUAAUUGACUCUACGUUCCCCAUAUGCGUUUCACCCGAUGGAAGCGUUGAGGCCGAAGCAGACGGUAACUUCAUGGUCGACGGUGUUGCUGGAUCGGCGUCAAGAAUUCAACUCGACUUUAUCAAUCCCGCCGGUGCUAAGACGGGGAAAUUGCUGCCCACGGGUAAUCUGAUUGAUACCUUUGACGGUGUACGAGCAACAUGUAUCGAUGUUGGGAAUCCCAUGAUUUUCGUCCCGGCUUCCGACCUGCCUGUUGAGGGGAAGAUAUCCCCCAACCAAAUAUCUUCUACACCCGGCUUACUCAACCGUUUAGAGAAGAUCAGAUGCCAGGCUGCGAUUAAGAUGGGCAUGGCAAAGACCACAGACGAAGUCCCGGCGUCCAUACCAAAAAUCAAUAUCAUUUCUGCGGCCGACGAGGAGGGAGUUGAUAUCACUGUUAGAACUAUCUCAGUAGGCCAACCGCACAAAGCUCUUCCCAUCACUGCCGGGCUCAGUCUUGCCGUGGCCACGAAGCUUGAUGGGUCGGUUGUGAAGCCGUUUGUCUCGAAGGCGAAUAAGGCUGCGGGUGAUGCUGUUGUUAUAGGCCAUCCAGGAGGCACAUUGGCCGUGGGUGCAGAGUUCGAGGACGGCGAAAGUCGAGUGGUCAAUAGAGCAACAGUGUAUAGAUCUGCCAGACGGCUGAUGGAUGGCCUUGUAUAUUGGAAAUGA